AUGGACCGACAGUCAGUUUCAAGAGAGAGUGAUGUUUUCGAAUCUGCUUCGACCAACAAUGCCAAGCAGAGGACAGCUUUAGUAGAAUGGAUUAAUUGUAUUCUCCCGGAUAUAAAUCUGCCGAUAAACGCUUCGGAUGAAGAACUACGAGCAUUCUUAAUCGAUGGUUCUAUCUUGUGCCGAAUAUUAAACAAAUUAAAACCAGGUUCUGUGGCUGAGAAUGGGGGCUCUGCUCGUCCUUCACAGCCCCACUCGGAAAAUGUGCAGAGGUUUUUGUCGGCAAUGGACGAAAAGGGAUUCCCGAGGUUUCAGGCAGCUGACCUGGAAAAGGGGUCGAUGAAAGUUGUUUUGGAGUGCCUUUUAACUCUAAAAGCGCAUCUCGAUAGCAGUUCAAAAUGGAGGCACUCGGGAGAGCGUAUUGGGAAUGGGAUGCUCUCGUCUCCUCCUUUUGGUGAGGAGAGGGACAGGCGCAAGUCAUCAUUGGGCUCGAAAUCUCAGCAUGCUCUACGUAGUCCAUUAAGGACAGAUGCAUCGGGUACGCUUAUGAAUCAAGUGGGUCAAAAAUUCCACGAAGUUUUUCAGCUUAAACAGGGAUCUUAUACGGAUAUUCCUGCUGCAAAGAUUUCGGAAAUGAUGAAAUCGAACAGCUUAGAUAAUGCUCCAACACAAUCUCUCUUGAGUGUCGUCAACGGUAUUUUAGACGAAAGCAUUGAGCUGAAGAAUGGAGAAAUACCUCAUCGUGUUGCUUGCCUAUUGAGAAAAGUCGUGCAGGAGAUUGAGCGGCGAAUAUGUACUCAGGCAGAACAUUUGCGAACGCAAAGUAAUCUUUUUAAAGCACGUGAAGAAAAGUACCAAUCCCGAAUUAAAGUUCUUGAAGCCCUAGCAACAGGGACUAGUGACGAGACGCAGAUUGUUAUGAACCAGCUCCAGCAGAUAAAGAGUGAGAAGAGUAAAAUAGAAGAGAAAAAGAAAGCCGAGGAGCAUGAGAUUUCGAGACUUAUGAAAGAGAAAGAUUACCUCAACCAAGAGCUAUCGAAAUUGAGGCAAGACCUCAAAACAGCUAAUAAGAGCCCAUGUGAUGAGCCCAUGCAACGAGAGAUUAAAGAAAAGGAUUUACUCUUGCUUACAGAGUCGAAAAAUAGAGUGAAGGAGCUUGAGGAAAGAUUGAAAGAAACUUUAAAUUCGGAAACAUUAUCAAGAAAUAGAGUGAAGGAGCUCGAGGGAAGGUUAAAUGAGACUUACAGUUCAGAUAAAGAGGCCAGAAGUAGAAUGAAAGAGCUCGAGGACCGGUUGAAGGAGACUUCAAGGUCAGAAAAUGAGUCGAGAGAUAGACUAAAGGAUCUUGAGGAAAGAUUGAAUGAGACUUUGAACUCAGAGAAAAAUUUGACAAGUAGAGUGAAGGAGCUUGAGAACAGUUUGAACGAGGCUUUAAACUCAGAGAAAGAGUUUAGAGAUAGAAUGAAGGAGCUCGAGAAAGUAUCGGAUUCAAAAGCUGAAAAUUGGAAAAAGAAGCAACAUAUUUAUCAUAUCUUCACUGACUUCCAGCUUGGCGCACUACGCGAACUAAGAUUUGCCUCUCAGUCGAUCCAGCAAGAGAUUGCCAAAACACGGAAAAGCUACUCAGAUGAAUUCGGUGUUUUAGGGUCGAGAAUCAAGACUAUGGACAAUGCUGUAAAAAACUACUACUCACUCCUCUCCGAAAAUCAAAAGUUGCACAACGAGCUACAAGAGCUAAAAGGAAAUAUUAGGGUGUAUUGCCGGAUAAGGCCAUUCCUUCCCGGGCAGAAAGGAAAACAAUCAAUUACUGAGUACAUUGGUGAGAACGGAGAACUGAUAGUUGUGAAUCCUUCCAAACAAGGGAAAGAGGCACGUCGUUCGUUUAAGUUCGAUAAAGUUUAUGGCCCCACUUCAACACAAGAAGAAGUGUUUUCAGAUAUCGAGCCGCUAAUACAAUCUGUUUUAGAUGGAUAUAACGUAUGUAUAUUUGCGUACGGGCAAACGGGUUCAGGGAAAACUUAUACCAUGAGUGGCCCUGAAUCAGCAAGCGAAAAGGAAUGGGGGGUGAAUUAUCGAGCUCUAAACAAGCUUUUCCGCAUUUCUCAAAGUAGGGAGAGCAACUUCUCGUACGAAGUUUCGGUCCAGAUGGUGGAAAUAUACAACGAACAAGUCCGUGAUUUGCUGUCAAACGACGCUUCACAAAAGAGAUAUCCUUUCAUUUUUGUUAGUAGCAAAAGAAGAAUGAAUAGCUUUGGAUUGGCAGUCCCAGAUGCCAGCAUUCAAAGCGUCAAGUCGACCUCAGAAGUGUUGAAACUAAUGAGUGUGGGACUAAAGAACAGAGCUAAAGGCUCGACUGCCAUGAACGAGAGAAGCAGCCGAUCACACAGCGUUGUCUCGAUUCAUGCCAAUGGAGUGGAUGAGAAGAGCGGGUCAUCUCUGAAAGGUAGCCUUCACUUAGUGGAUCUUGCUGGAAGCGAAAGGGUUGACCGGUCAGAGGUGACGGGAGAGAGGCUUAAAGAGGCACAGCACAUAAAUAAAUCCUUGUCAGCACUGGGUGAUGUCAUCUUUGCUUUGGCACAAAAGAGCCCUCAUGUUCCCUAUAGAAACAGCAAGCUCACUCAACUACUCCAGGCCUCAUUAGGUGGUCAAGCAAAAACACUUAUGUUUGUGCAACUAAAUCCUGAUACAACUUCCUAUACCGAAAGCAUAAGCACCUUGAAGUUUGCUGAAAGGGUAUCUGGAGUCGAACUAGGUGCAGCAAAAAGCAGCAAAGACGGCAGGGAUGUACGCGAAUUAAUGGAGCAG